GGACACCAGUCUCACCUCAAGACAAAACAACAAUGGCUAGUGGCCAUCAUCUACUUGCUCGUGAGUCUUGACUUGCUUCUGCUAGUCUUUGGCCGUUCUCUAUUAUAAUUUUUCCAUUUUCUUGUUAUAUAGUCUUUCGAGGUCUCCGCUCAACUAGCAGAGAAAUAGUAGAGACUAUGAGAUGGGGAGGAUUUCUUGCUAUCCUUUCUUUCUACUUUUUAUUUUCAUUGUUCAUUCGUGUUUGAUUUAUGAGGUCGCCGGUGAUCAUGAUCCGAUGGAUGGAUUACAAAGGGAAGCAUUGGAGAUAAUCAUUGGCGGCGGCGGUGGCUACACUCCUGCUCCUUCUCCCGAGGAGUAUUGCCCACCUCCACCCCCUCCAGAACCAGUUUGUCCCCCACCAGAGCCUCCUCCUCCUCCUCCAACCCUUCCUCCUCCUCCUCCUCCACCCCCUCCUCCACCUCCUCCUCCUCCUCCUCCACCCCCACCACCACCUCCUCCUCCUCCACCCCCACCCCCACCUCCUCCUCCUCCACCCCCACCACCACCUCCUCCUCCUCCACCCCCACCACCACCCCCAAAUAAAUUACCACCAAAUAUCAUAAGAGAUUAUCGAACAAUUCAGGAAUUCAGCCAAAAAAUUGUGAUGGAUCCCAAGGGCAUAAGAAAGACAUGGAACAGAGCGGACAAAAAUGUCUGCAAAUUUGAUGGCUUUGCAUGUGAUUAUAGGCCUGACACUGGCGUACAAUCUGUGGCAGCAGCAGACUUCAAUGGUUACAACUUCGACGGACCUUUUCUUCAGAUAAAAGGGUUCCUUAAUAAACUGGUGGACUUAGCUAUCUUUCACGCAAACUCCAACAAAUUCAAAGGGUUUGUGCCGAGUGAUAUAGGAGUUGAGAAAAUCAAAUUUUUUUACGAGCUCGAUUUAAGCAACAACGCCUUUAAUGGCAGCUUCCCCAUGACAGUUCUCUCUGCUACCAACUUAACUUUCUUGGACAUCAGGUUCAACCAAUUUUCAGGGCCAGUUCCAAGCGAAGUUUUCAAGCUAGACCUGGACGUGCUCUUCCUCAACAAUAACAAAUUCACUCAACAGCUCCCCGAUAAUGUUGGUUCUACUUCUGCUAUAUAUCUCACCUUCGCCAACAACAAGUUCACCGGCCAGAUUCCAAGCAGCAUUGGCCGAGCUAAAAAUCUCCGGGAGGUGCUAUUCUUGAACAACACGUUCUCAGGAUGCUUGCCGUACGAGAUUGGUUUCUUGAAGAAUGCUACUCUAUUUGAUGCGAGCUGCAACAAACUGACAGGCCCAAUACCACACUCAUUUGCCUGCUUGACAAAGAUGGAGAUCCUGAACUUGGCUAAUAAUGAAUUUUACGGGCCGGUGCCGGAGACGGUGUGCAAGCUUCCAAAUCUGCAAAACUUGACAUUAUCCAGCAACUAUUUCACUCAGGUGGGACCUGAGUGCCGGAAGUUGAUAUGGAAGAAGAGGCUUGAUGUUAGAAAGAACUGCAUUUUAGAUCUUCCAAAUCAGAGAACACCAGAACAAUGUAGAGAAUUCUUCUCCAAGCCCAGGCAAUGUCCUAAUGAGAAGUCACUCACCAUUGUUCCUUGCAGUAAGAAGUAUCGCGAUGCAGCAGCAAUGUUUGAUCAGAAAUCAAUGGCUGCAGCUCCAUCUCCUAGAUCAUAUGAUGCUCUUUCACCAGAAAAUAAUUUGCGAUUUUAGUUUUCAUGUAGGCCCAUUUAAGAUUUGUCUUCUUGAUGGGUAUUGUGGGUAUGCAUACAAAUAUAGAGUUGAUAAAGACUUCUACAAUAAAUAAUGGAUCAAUGUAAUUAAUUAAUCAUGCCAUUCUGCAGGAAAAUGUAAUUUCCUAGUUUAAAUAAUAUUUUCCCUUCCUUGCUUUCUCUCUUAUCAAAA